AUGACAGUGGUGCCUAAAGGCCACUUUGUUGUUUAUGUUGGAGAAGUCAAAAAGAAGAGAUUCGUUGUACCGAUUUCGUUCCUCAAGCAUCCUUCCUUCCAAAAUUUAUUGAGUCAAGCAGAAGAAGAGUUCGGAUUCAAUCAUCCUUUGGGUGCGUUGGUGAUUCCCUGCAGCGAAGAAGCUUUCCUUGAUCUCACUUGCUUCCUAACCGAGCAGCCGAAUGGGCUGAACUCGAACGCCACUGGACAUAAUACUUCGGCUCCCCUAGGGAAAUGCUUGCAUGCGUUUCAUGGCGUUAGGGCUCCCAAUAUAAGCAUACUGAAGUACUUGGAGAGGAUUUAUAAGUACACAAAUUGCAGUCCUUCGUGCUUCGUGUUGGGAUACGUUUAUAUAGACAUGUUGGCACAUAAACAUCCGAAUUCGCCCCUCGUAUCAUUGAAUGUGCAUAGAUUGCUUGUUACUUGUGUCAUGGUUGCUGCUAAGGUUCUUGAUGAUGCGCACUACAACAAUGGGUUCUAUACUCGGGUGGGAGGAGUGACCAGUGCUGAACUGAACCGGCUAGAAAUGAAAUUGCUUUUCCUUUUGGAUUUCGGAGUGGCGGUUAGCUCUCGAGUUUUCAAGACCUAUUACUUCCACUUGGACACAAGAGAUGUUCAUUAA